GUCGCGGCGGCGGCGGUUCCAGUUCCAGCAUGAAGCUUCGGCGAGCGGCUGCCGCCGCCGGCCCGGGGGGCGGCAUGCGUUCGGUGGUGGGCUUCCUGUCGCGGCGGGGCGUGCUCGGGGACCCGCUGCUGGCGCAGGACUUCCAGCGGCGCCGCCUGCGCGGCUGCCGCAACCUGUACAAGAAGGACCUGCUGGGCCACUUCGGCUGUGUCAACGCCAUCGAGUUCUCCAACAAUGGAGGCCAGUGGCUGGUGUCAGGAGGAGACGAUCGCCGAGUUCUGCUAUGGCACAUGGAACAAGCUAUUCAUUCCAGAGUCAAGCCUGUACAACUGAAGGGAGAACACCAUUCUAACAUAUUUUGCCUGGCUUUCAACAGUGGCAACACCAAAGUAUUCUCUGGAGGAAAUGAUGAGCAAGUUAUCCUACAUGAUGUUGAAAGCAGUGAGACUUUGGACGUGUUUGCUCAUGAAGAUGCAGUCUAUGGCUUGUCAGUAAGCCCGGUGAACGACAAUAUUUUUGCCAGCUCCUCAGAUGAUGGCCGAGUUCUCAUAUGGGACAUCCGAGAGUCUCCCCACGGAGAGCCCUUCUGCCUGGCAAAUUAUCCAUCAGCCUUUCACAGUGUCAUGUUUAACCCAGUGGAGCCCAGGUUAUUGGCCACAGCCAACUCAAAGGAAGGAGUAGGACUCUGGGAUAUUCGAAAACCUCAGAGUUCUCUCCUGCGCUAUGGCGGCAACCUGUCCCUCCAAAGUGCAAUGAGUGUGCGAUUCAACAGCAACGGGACUCAGCUCCUGGCUCUGAGGCGUCGCUUACCCCCUGUGCUCUAUGACAUUCACUCCCGCCUGCCUGUGUUCCAGUUUGACAAUCAGGGUUACUUCAACUCUUGCACUAUGAAAAGUUGCUGUUUUGCAGGAGAUCGUGACCAGUAUAUCCUUUCAGGCUCUGAUGACUUCAACCUCUACAUGUGGAGAAUUCCCGCAGAUCCAGAAGCAGGUGGAAUUGGUAGGGUGGUCAACGGAGCCUUCAUGGUGCUGAAAGGGCAUCGGUCUAUUGUUAACCAGGUCCGAUUUAAUCCCCACACCUAUAUGAUCUGCUCUUCUGGUGUAGAAAAGAUUAUCAAGAUUUGGAGCCCAUACAAGCAACCGGGCUGUACUGGAGACCUUGAUGGCCGGAUUGAGGAUGAUUCUCGUUGCCUGUAUACCCACGAAGAAUACAUAAGCCUGGUGCUCAAUAGUGGGAGCGGCCUGUCACAUGACUAUGCCAACCAGUCGGUGCAGGAAGACCCCCGGAUGAUGGCCUUCUUCGACUCCCUGGUGCGACGCGAGAUUGAGGGCUGGAGCUCAGACUCGGACAGCGACCUCAGUGAGAGCACCAUCCUUCAACUGCAUGCUGGGGUCAGCGAGCGAUCGGGCUACACAGACUCGGAGUCCUCGGCCUCCCUGCCUCGCUCCCCUCUACCCACAGUGGACGAGUCUGCCGACAGCGCCUUCCAUUUGGGGCCCCUGCGGGUUCCCCCUUCCACCAACACGGUGGCUUCUACACCGCCCCCACCUACGUGCGAGGAUGCAACCUCUCGCCAGCAGCGACUGUCUGCUCUGCGGCGCUACCAGGACAAACGCCUCCUGGCACUCUCUAACGAGUCCGACUCCGAAGAGAAUGCCUGUGAGGUUGAGCUGGACACCGACCUCUUCCCCAGGCCUCGGUCACCCAGUCCGGAAGAGGAAUCUAGCAGCUCCAGCAGUUCCAGCAGCUCUGAGGACGAGGAAGAGCUCAACGAGCGCCGGGCCUCCACCCGGCAGCGGAAUGCCCUGCGGCGCCGACAGAAGACUCCCAGAGAAGAGCGGCCCAAUGCCCCGGCCAAGCCCACCAACACCUACAUCGGGGAAGACAACUACGAUUACCCCCAGAUCAAAGUAGACGAUCUCUCUUCCUCCCCCGCCUCCUCCCCAGAGCGAAGCACUUCGACUCUGGACAUUCAACCAAGCCGAGCAUCACCAACGUCGGACAUCGAGUCCGUAGAGCGGAAAAUUUAUAAAGCUUACAAAUGGUUGCGCUACUCCUAUAUCUCUUACUCAAAUAACAAAGAUGGAGAGAGCUCCCUCGUGUCGGGGGACACAGAUGAAGGGAGAGCAGGAACCAGCCACAAGGACAACCCCACCCCUUCUUCCAGUCAGGACGCCUGUCCAAAUGUGGCCACCACGCAGAGGAACCAGGACCUACCUCUGGAAGGUCACAGCAAGGAAGCCUUGAAAGAGGGGACUUGUGUCAGAAAUGCUAGCAAUGGCCCCGGUCCUGAGCACAGCAGCCACUCUUGGGCAGAAGCCCCAGAGGAUAUCUCUCAGGACACUAACAACAGUGGGCCUGUAGAACACACUUUUGAAACUAAGAAGCUCAAUGGGAAGGCCUUGAGCAAGACUCUGAGCAGCCGAGCUGAGGAAACACCCUCUCCUUCUGCUCCCAAGACGUCUGUCUCCACUCUGAGCAGCGGGUCUGGCAACUGUCCCAGGACCCAGUCCCAUGACAGCGAGGAGAGGAGCCUCGAAACCAUCUGUGCCAACCACAAUAACGGACGCUUACACCCCCGCCCUCCCCAUUCCCACAACAAUGGGCAGAACUUUGGGGAGUUGGAGGCAGUGGCCUGCUCUUCUUCUGGACAUUCGGAUACUAGCCAUGAUAACUUGUCUAUGGCAGACACCCUCCUACACAAGGAUUGUUGUGGGUCUGAAAUGCCCUUAGGGGACCCCAGUGCUGGACCGAGAGAGGAUCCCACUGACCCCCCAGACACAGACAGCCGGGCUGUGCAUGGCCAUAGUGGCCACAAAAGGCACCGGGUUGAGUUGGAAGAUACAGAUUCUGAGAAUUCUUCUUCAGAGAAGAAAUUAAAAACAUGAUAACUACAAGGGAAAAUAAAAGGCUACAAAAGAAAGUAACUUUACAAAAAAAAAAUACUGUUUAGUGAACACAGAAAAGGAAAAAAAAAGUAUUAAAGGCACAUAAAACCAGG